AUGUAUGGCCCUGAUAGGCAGCUGGACUAGUCUGGCAACAGCUGGGCUGAAAAGAGAUGCUCAGCUGCCUGCCAAGGGUCUGUUGUCUCAGCCCAGCCACAUGCCCCAGGAACUGGAGACUGGCCACUUUUGCACAUGCCUUGGAAAGGCACCAUGAGGCGAGUGGUACGACAGAGCAAGUUUCGGCAUGUAUUUGGGCAAGCAGUGAAAAAUGACCAGUGUUAUGAUGACAUCCGGGUUUCUCGUGUGACCUGGGAUAGCUCCUUUUGCGCCGUCAAUCCCAGAUUUGUUGCCAUAAUCAUAGAAGCAAGUGGGGGGGGAGCAUUUCUUGUGCUCCCCUUACACAAGACUGGUCGAAUUGACAAAUCCUACCCUACAGUAUGUGGCCACACGGGACCAGUGCUCGACAUAGACUGGUGCCCACAUAAUGACCAAGUCAUUGCCAGCGGGUCCGAGGACUGCACAGUUAUGGUAUGGCAGAUCCCAGAAAAUGGACUCACCCUGUCCCUGACGGAACCUGUGGUGAUUUUAGAAGGCCACUCGAAGAGAGUGGGCAUCGUGGCCUGGCAUCCGACCGCUCGUAACGUGCUUCUCAGCGCAGGCUGUGAUAAUGUCAUCAUCAUCUGGAAUGUGGGGACCGGGGAAGCACUCAUCAACUUGGAUGAUAUGCACUCAGACAUGAUUUAUAACGUCAGCUGGAACCGGAACGGCAGCCUGAUCUGCACAGCUUCCAAAGACAAGAAAGUCAGAGUCAUCGACCCCAGGAAACAGGAGAUUGUGGCUGAGAAGGAGAAAGCCCACGAAGGAGCAAGGCCCAUGCGCGCCAUCUUUCUGGCUGAUGGGAAUGUCUUCACCACUGGUUUCAGUCGCAUGAGUGAGCGACAGCUUGCUCUCUGGAAUCCGAAAAAUAUGCAGGAACCCAUUGCUCUUCAUGAAAUGGACACAAGCAACGGGGUGUUGCUGCCUUUCUACGAUCCUGACACGAGUAUCAUUUACUUAUGUGGAAAGGGUGACAGCAGUAUCCGCUACUUUGAAAUCACGGAUGAAUCCCCAUAUGUCCACUACCUCAACACAUUCAGCAGCAAAGAGCCUCAGAGAGGGAUGGGUUACAUGCCCAAGAGGGGACUCGAUGUGAACAAAUGUGAGAUUGCCAGAUUCUUCAAACUUCAUGAGCGCAAGUGUGAGCCUAUUAUCAUGACUGUUCCCAGGAAGUCUGACCUUUUCCAAGAUGACCUGUAUCCUGACACUGCGGGGCCGGAAGCUGCCUUGGAAACAGAAGAGUGGUUUGAGGGGAAGAACGCAGAACCAAUCCUCAUUUCCUUGAAGCACGGAUACAUUCCCGGCAAAAACAGGGAUCUCAAGGUGGUCAAGAAGAACAUUCUGGACAGCAAGCCCACUGCCAACAAGAAGUGUGAUCUGAUCAACAUUCCAAAAAAAACCACAGAUGCAGCCAGCAUGCAAAAUGAAGCCAAGCUGGAUGAGAUUUUAAAAGAGAUCAAAUCUAUAAAAGACACGAUCUGCAAUCAAGAUGAGCGCAUUUCCAAGUUAGAACAGCAGAUGGCGAAGAUAGCAGCCUGAAGGUCCCACCCCACCCUUCCAAGCCUGGGAGCAAGGACGUGGGCUUGGUAGCUGGUUGCUGGUGUGGUCCUUGGGAGGGACAGGGCGGCACUGCCAUUGGAGGCAUCCCACCUCAGAUCUGUCAGCCAGCGAUAAAGACACAUUCCAAUGAGAGCCCAAUUCGUCUCCCCAAUUUGCAGAAACAAAAAGUGAUUCAAAAGCCGAGCUUUUUCUCCCCGCCUCAAAAAAAAAAAAAAGCUUUUUUUGAUGUUUCAAGUGUUAUGUGACUUGUUGAACUUUUAAAAAAGACAAAAGUGCUACUUUAAAAAAUCCCAGACGUUCUGAAUUGUAGAAAACAAACCAAGUCUGAUUCAGUGUCGUGCCCAAGUACCUUUUAAAAAAAAAAAACUAAUAGGGACCAAUGCCACAUUGCUUUUUAUAUUUCUUUCUUUUCUCUUUUCUUUGUUUGAAUGUUGCCAAAACCAAAAGUUUCUUUUUCCGCCCCCCCCCCCUUUGUAUUUUGCUACUUCGCAGUAUUUGUGUAUAAUUUGAUUUUUUUCCUUAAUUCGAAAGGGACAGCACUGUGUGUGUUUAUAAAGGAAAUGAAGAGAAGAGAUUAUUUUGUACAAACUUUCUUCUGAGAAUAAUCAGAGCAGCAGCCAAGUUGUGCUGGCUCCACCACAGCACAAACGUGGUUGUCCUCACAACUGUCCAAAAGGAAGACUUGACAAAUCACGUGGAUCCAUAGCACCACCCUUCCUGUCACCGAGUCUUCUGAUCCAAAAAGUCCGGAGCGUCUCUCUUUACCUUUCUCUUCUUGUUUUAGGAAUUGGGUGGUUGAUUGGAAUGGAAUUUUGCUUCUUGGUUAUUCUGUACUUCAGAUGAUUAUAAUUGAACCCAAA